AUGGAACACGACAUCGAGGUUUUCCAUAGUUUUUGUCUAUGGGCAGUGCUCAUUGGCAGCAUACUGGCGCUGUUUCUGAAGUCAACUCUGGAGAAAAGAGGUUUCAUUGAACUAAAGGAAUCUUCGGUUGUCGGUUCCACUUUGACCAAUGACGACUCUAACACUUUUCUUACCGGCAUCGUCCAACCAGAAGAUACAGAAGAUGGCAUUCCUGUUGACGAAGACGCAUUUUGGUCAAUGGUAUCUCGCAAGAAAGUAUUUAUGAUCAUAAUCCAAACCAUGAUUUGUUCCCUAGAGGCAACCACAGUCAUCUGGUCAUUGAAAAACCAUGGGCGGGUUGAUCUAGGCCGAGUUCUACCCCAUGCAAUUUUCCCUCUGUACCUCCUUGGUCUGCAAUGUGCAUGGCUUAUACCUCAUAAAUCUCGACGCAACCACGCCACGUUACACUCGCACAUAACUGUACUUGCAUUAACAACAACCGUCUUGGAUUUUGUGUCCUUUAUCCUUAGGAGAAGGCCUGUUGCAAUUAAUGAAACUCAUGGAGUGCAGUGGAUUAUUGCCAUGAUGUACGUGGUAUUGACUGGUGUAUCAUUUUUAAUGCCGAGGGGUCCUGGACUUUACUACCCCCAUGAACAAGUCUAUCCCUUGGAUCAGAACUCACGGGACAGUUCCGUCGCGGAUGAGAAGGUCAACGUAUGUCAAUCAGAAUCUUGUUCAUUCUGGGGCACGCUCGUUUUUUCAUAUACCCACUCCGUACUCCAAUUAGGGAAGCUUAUGCGCAACAUUGAUAUUAGCGAACUCCCCGUCCUACCUGCUAGCAUGCGAGCACCCCAAAAUUUUGUUCGGGCACAACGAUUGACGCCCCCAGACGUAUCUGUCAAUAUCACGUCUCACUUAUCCUCAGUCGCUUGCUCUCCAAGUUACGCGUUAGGGCGUCGGAUAGUGUCCCUCAACGCCGCCUCGUUUAUGUUACAGUUCACACUGGCUGUACUGACCGCGGUCACGACUUAUGGCCCAGCCUGGUUUUUGCAGAUGUUUGUCAAAUACCUGGAGACUCCGUUCGCGGAUAGGGAUAUGCAAAAGGGUUGGGUUUUGGUCGUUGGAUUGACCAUAGCGAGUGUGACCACCGUUUUAAUUUCACAACAGUUGUGGAAAGUCUCGAUGAACGACUUAGAAAUCCGUAUCCGUCUGCAGCUAAAUAGCAUGCUUUACGCCAAGACGCUCGUUCGCAAGGACACAACAUCAGCGUCAACUACCGAUUCUUCGGAGGAACAUCAGGUGCCGAAAGGAGCGACCGGUGAUGAGUUCUCAAGCAAGACACAAGUAAUGAAUUUGAUGACCGCGGAUGUGGAUCGAGUAUGCGACUUUUCAUGGCACAUCUUCACACUUGUUGAUUCACCUAUAGAAAUUUUCGUAGGACUUGGGAUCCUCUAUAACCUUCUUGGGAUGUCGAGCGCCAUAGGACUUAGUACACUCUUGUUCAUCAUUCCAAUAAACCAACUCACAGGCAGAACGCUCAUUUCUACACAAGAAAACCUAAUGAAAACCAGAGACGAAAGGGUCGGCGUAAUGAACGAGAUUCUUGGAGGCAUUCGUAUGAUCAAAUUUAUGGCCUGGGAACGCAACUUCAGUAGAAGAGUGCUGGACAUCCGUGAAAAGGAAUUAAAAUACCAAAAAAGGGCUUUUAUUGUUGAGGUCCUCUGGACCGUACUUUGGAGCGCUUCACCAAUCCUCGUCAUUUUGGUGACGUUUUACCACUUCACGGUUAUCCAAAAGCAGCAAUUGACCCCCUCUAUCGCAUUUCCAUCGAUUAUUGUGUUCUCUACCCUGAAGUUCGCAUUGAAUAGUUUGCCGGAAACCUUUGCUAAAUUAAUGCAGAGCUUGGUUUCCCUGCGUAGGAUUGCUACGUACCUUCAGUCUUCAGAGCGAGAUGUCGUACCUGCAUAUCUCAGUGUCCAUGCAUCCGCAACUACAUCCAUCGCUUUCGAAAAUUGUACUGUUACAUGGCCGAAGCUUGCGCCUUCAACAUCUCCGCUUUUUUCGCUCUCUAAAAUUAAUGUGGCGUUUCCAGCUGGAAAGCUGACAUUGGUCUGCGGCAAAGUUGGCUCAGGCAAAACCCUCCUCUUACUAGCUUUACUCGGCGAAGCGGAGGUUCUGGACGGAAAUAUCCGUUGUCCACGAACUCCUGCCGACUUUCAAGCUUCUGUUUGUAGUCGACCCGUGCGCGAUGAGGAUUGGAUAGUGGAGGGAGUUUGCGCCUAUGUGCCACAGAUUGCAUGGCUCAGAAAUGCUUCUAUCAGAGAUAACAUCCUCUUUAAUCUGCCAUACAAACAUUCUCGUUAUCAAAAGACUCUAGCUGCUUGUGCGUUAAUCAAUGACUUGAAGAUCCUUGAAGAUGGGGACUUGUCCGAAAUUGGUGAGAGUGGGGUGAACCUUUCCGGUGGACAGAAAGCGAGAGUUUCCUUGGCAAGAGCCGUCUAUUCUCGUGCCUCGAAUCUAUUUUUAGACGACGUCCUUUCAGCUGUCGAUGCUCACACAGCAGACCACAUUUACCAAGAAUGUUUCAAAGGCGAAUUAAUGAAGGGUCGUACUGUAAUCUUGGUUUCACAUCAUGUUCACCUCUGUGCACCCCAGGCCGACUAUGUUGUUGCUCUUGAGAAUGGAGCAGUCGGAUUUCAAGGAACCCCUGAAUCAUUCCUUACCUCUGACUUUGGAAAUAGUCUUGUUAUGUCUGCGCCUUCAAACCUUUCGGAUACGGAUACAGACCAUGAAUCUAUUCUAUCCUUCGAACCUAAGACUGACAUUGUAGCGUCAACGCUAUCUACUUCGGAAACUUGCAAUUCCACAACUAUCUGCACGGAGGAACAGGUUCAAAAAGGUUCUCCAAGGAGAUUUGUGGAGGAGGAACUACGUGCCGUAGGAUCUGUCAAGAACCAUGUUUGGUAUACGUAUUUUUGCGCCUGUGGGUCACUUUGGUAUUGGUCUCUGUUCUCAUUUAUCAUGGUCGCCGCGGCAAUAUCCCCGGUAUUCGAGAACAGCUGGCUGAGACGAUGGGCGAGUGGACAGUCGUUAGACCAGGGCCAUGACCCUAUCUACUACAUCACUGUCUAUGCAGCUAUCGCUACGACCGGCAUCGUAAUGGGCGGCUUGAGGUGGUUUGCCCUCUACUAUGGUUCAUUGAAGGCAUCGAGGAUUCUUUACUCGCAGCUUCUGGAGGCCGUACUGUUUGCGAAAAUUAGGUUCCAUGACACAGUCUCCCGAGGCCGACUACUUAAUCGGUUUGGGAGGGAUUUCGAGGUUGUUGACAGUCAUCUUUCAAAUGACCUUGGUCAAGCUUUGACGUUGUCGAUGGCAACUGUAACAUCCCUUAUCACCAUUGUGGCCGUAGUGGGAUGGCCCUUUUUACUCGCAAUGGUCGUUUUGGGAGUUGUGUACCUGAAAGCAUCCAAGCUUUAUGGUCAGGCUUGUCGCGAAUUGAGGAGAUUAGAGUCUACUUCCCGAUCGCCACUAUAUUCUCUCUACGGAGAAACCAUAUCUGGAGUUACUGUCAUAAGAGCUUUCGGGGCUAGCUCUGUGUCGAUGAGAAACAUGUUACGUUGCCUUGAUAUGAAUACUACUCCCUUUUAUUGGAUAUGGAAUGCCAAUCGUUGGGUAUCUACGCGCUUCAGCCUGAUAUCAAGCACGAUUGUUUCAAUAUCCGCUUUGAUUUGUUUGGUGACUCCGUCAGUUAGUGCUUCGCUAGCAGGUUUCAUCCUUACCUUUGCUUCCACGAUAAGCGAAGACAUUCUUUACGCAGUGCGCUUCUUUGUACAGCUAGAGCAAUCUAUGAUCGCUGUUGAACGCAUUGACGAAUAUGUUAAAGUAGAAUCGGAAGCACCAGAAUUUACUGACGCUAUCAUACCAAAAAAUUGGCCAUCGAAAGGAGAAGUAAAAUGCCAAGAUCUUUCUGUUCGUUAUGCUCCACAUUUGAAGGACGCACUGAGUCAAAUAUCGUUUACAAUAAACGCUGGGGAGAAGAUUGGCGUCCUCGGUCGUACUGGAUCUGGAAAGAGCACAUUAGCUCUGUCUUUAUUCAGAUUUAUUGAAGUGUCCGCUGGCCAUAUAUUCAUUGACGACCUCGAUAUAUCGAAGAUAGGUCUCACUGACCUAAGAAGCGCGUUAAACAUCAUCCCACAAGACUCUACUAUACUUAGCGGAACUCUACGCUCGACGCUAGAUAUCUUUGGGUUACACACAGAUGCAGAAAUUUAUGACGCCCUUCGCAGAGUACACCUCAUUCCUUCAUCGAGCAAUGUACUCGAGUCAGGACAUAAUCCGUCUAACAAAUUCACCAAUCUGGACGCCAACGUUUCGGAAUCAGGGGAUAAUUUCUCUAUGGGGUGUGUAUUACCUCCAUUGCCUGUAAUGUAUCCUGUCACACUUAAGCCACCUUUCAACAGAGAAAAGCAACUCAUUUGCAUGGCUCGAGCGUUGUUGAAAAGGGCGAAGAUACUUGUUAUGGAUGAAGCCACUGCAAGUGUCGAUUAUGCAACUGACGAGCACAUCGCAAAAGUGAUAAGCGAAGAGUUCGCAGAAACGACAAUUAUAACAAUUGCCCAUCGUAUUCGGACAGUAAUAGACUAUGACAGGGUAAUGGUACUCGAUGAAGGUAGAGUGAUCGAGUAUGACAGCCCCGCCUCACUCCUACAGAACUCGCGAUCCAUUUUCUAUCAUCUGUGCAAAUCUACAGGUCCGGAAGAGUUUGAGGUCCUGAAGCUUUUGGCUGGCGUCAAACGCACAGAAAAGAGAGAACAAACUCCAAUUGAAACGUUAUAA